AUGGACCCUCUAUCUAUUAUCAGCGGCUGCGCUGGCCUCAUCACGGCGAUCAGCAGCUUGAGUGUAUCGAUCAAUACUUUUGUGCGCAGCUGUCGAGAGGCUCGCAGCGACCUAGACAGGGUGUCGCGUGAGCUUCAUUCUCUCCAGACAGUCCUUGAACUCAUCGAAGAAGAUGCCAAAGAUGACACGAAGCCCUUCCCACCAACCAUCCAACAUCAUGUGUCGGGAAUCGUCACAAACUGUGGCUCCGUGGUUCUUGAGGUUGAAACGUGUAUAAAGAAGUAUGGGGAUGGGCGCAUCAAGAGUAAAGCUGCUUGGGCGAUCAAUGGUCAAGGCGACAUGGAGAAGCUGAGGUCCAGCUUGGAAGCUCACAAAUCAGCCUUGGAGCUUGCCCUCGACAUGCUGUCUCUAUCACUCACGAAAGACAUCAAAACUGAUACCUCGGAAAUCCGUAACGAUACAGCUGCUAUCAAAGACGACACAGCUUUGAUCCUACAGGAGAUUGCGGAGCUUCAAGCUCGAUUACCUGAUACAGCUGCUGCUCAGAAUGAUUAUAUUCUUCAGCGAUUUCUUGAGGAUAUGGCGACUUAUACUGAGACGACUCUCGAUGCAAAUCUGUCUUAUAGUGAUGGUAUGAGCUCUAGAGCCUUGUCUAUUGUAGAUGAGCACGAUGAAACCUCUCCGAAACCUCCACAAAAUGAUCUACCAAUCUUGGCGCCCCAGCGCUCUAGCGCCUUGGAGGCCAACGCGUUGUCGAAUCGAGUAGACGCCCCCAAAAACGUUGCCAAACACCUUGCACCUCACGAUCAUAGCCUUGCUCAGCAUCCGAUACCAACAAUGGAAGACAUCCCCCAUCGCCCAAAGGGACCCUGUCCUGCACCUUCGUUCAGCAGUGAUCCUCAAGAACUACGUUCGAGCGCCCUAGCAUUGGAUUCUAGAUAUAAGAAAACGCAUAAUCAAAUCGCACCUUCGCCGGGGAGAAUCCAAAACGAAUAUCUAGUUUCUGAAUUUGCACUGCUAGACGCUUUUGAUCCUCUAUGGCGUGAGCACUAUGGCAGCUAUCUCCAGGGCAGAGGACUAUCAAAUGACGCGAUCAGAGAGAAUCAGGAUUAUGUCAUCGAUAUUUUGAACCAAGUCAAGGAGCUUGAGACGCCGUCCUGGCCACGAGAAAAUUAUACGAUGACAGGAGUGAACGAUAUCCGGGCGGAGAGUGACCGAGGUCACUCGCUACCACGUGGCUCCCUGCAAACAAAUCCCCUCAUCUGGACUACUCCUCCAUUGUCUCAACAAUUGAUGCCGUAUAUGGCACCGACGAGCGAACCUAUUCCGAGAGAAGAAGAUGAGGCUGUCACAUCACAGUCCAGGACAGAAGAUUUCUCCAGUCAAGAAGGAUCCCAUAUUGUAAGGUUUAGAGGCAACGUGGUCGUCGAUAUACCAGUGCCCAAAAAGAUCCUGGACCAUAUUCCUCACUCUUCCUCCCUAGGCCGAAACAAGUUCACGCAUUCAAGGUUCAGCUUCAUUACUUGCCCCCCGGAGGAGUUUGGAGAUCAUAAUUAUACAUUGAGAGCGACACUGUUUGCUCAGCCGCGACAGACGCAAUUUAUUCUAGUUGUGCAAUUAAACCCCAACGAUAAAGACUUUAUGCGGCGCUGGGCCCUAAUUCACGAUUCCAUCACAUUUGCCCAGAAGAAACUGGAAGCUGUUGGAGGUGCACAAGAAUUCUGGAAGCGAGUCGUUGUUCAUUUACACCUGGUUCAUGGAAUGGAAUGGGGACACAGUGGCUUUGAUCAUCCAUUAGAGGCCAUUGCAGGGAAUCUGACACUCAGCGGCAAACUCACACCAAUAGGCUCUGAGCAUCAAGAGCCGGUGGACAUGGACUCAUCAGCAAUUGAAGGACACCCGGUUUAUGCCACUAUGUCAGAGUAUAGUGUGCACCUGCGCCAGCUAUAUUAUCCACCCGAGGUAGUAGUACGCGCGGAAGUCCCAGUCCAAGUUGUAAUUACAACAGCUCGUGUUCCAGAAAGCUCAUUGAAUCUUCACUGGUCCGACAAAUACAUCCCAUGGACAUGCGCCAUCAACAAAGUCCUCCAAGCUGAACAUGUCAUAAAUAUGAGCGAAGUCUCUGACGCCUUUUCCUCUCAAAAUGACUUUCUGUGGGAGAUUUUAAGAGAAGACAGGCCUUUACCUGUGCUCAAGUAUAAACCGCUUCCGGCUUGGGAUUUGGAAAUUUUCAGGUUUGACAGCCUAGUUGCGGAAAUUCAGGCAGACUUAAUGGUAGAAAAAGUAACCAAGAAAAGGAGCUCUAGAAUGAGUAAGUGGUUGAAGUCACGGAGGAGCUAG